GUUUUUACGACCGGUCAUAAAACGAAUUGGAAGAAGAGAAGAAGAGAAUCUGGUUUCUAUAAUUCAUGCAAGUCAUGACAGGAGCAAUAGGUAACGAUGCUCUGAAGCAGUUGUUGAUAUGAUCCCUGAUAAGAGCAUAGGUUGGGGCAAUACUGUUACAUUGUUGCCGUACCCGGAUUACUCAGUUGCCAGGCUGCUGGAUUUGCUGGAGGUCAAAGGGGGACUCAGGAUGGCUCUGGAUGUUGGUGGCCUGGUGGCAGUGGUGGUCUUCUAUGUCCUGAUCCUGGCCAUAGGGAUCUGGGCCUCCAGGAAGUCCAAGAAGGAGGAGGAGAAAUGUGUGGGCAGCAAGAGUGAGGUCAACAUGAUAGGAGGACGCAAUAUCAACGUUUUGGUGGGGGUUUUCACUAUGACAGCGACGUGGGUUGGAGGGGGCUACAUCAUGGGCACUGCAGAGGCUGUCUACUCCCCCUCUCAAGGUCUCAUCUGGGCUUUGGGGCCGCUGGCUUAUCUUAUCACCUUCCUAUUGGCAGGGCUAUUUUUUGCUAAGCCAAUGAGAUCACAGCGCUACGUGACGAUGAUGGACCCGUUUCAGCUUCGCUAUGGAAACUCGAUCACCGUCGCGUUGCUGCUUCCCGCACUGAUUAGUGACGUGCUCUGGGUGGCCUGCAUCCUCGCUGCCCUGGGAGGGACGAUGAGUGUGAUUCUGGGCUUGUCCUCGUACUAUUCCAUUGCUCUAUCUGCAGCAGUAGCCAUCACCUACACACUGAUGGGAGGGCUCUACUCUGUGGCCUACACAGACGUCAUCCAACUCUUCUUCAUGUUCAUCGCUCUGUGGCUCUGCGUUCCCUUUCUGGUUCUCAACCCAGCAUCCUCGGAGGUCACACUCGCAGCCUUUUUCAACCAAUCACAGCAGGCGCCCUUGAUGGGCGAACUGAAGUUGGAACAUGCUGGGAAAUGGAUAGAUGAGCUGCUUUUAUUGGUUAGAUUUUUACGACGCAGGGUUGUUGGCACCUUAACUGGUGAGGACAGGCUCGUGGGAGUGUGUGUGUGGGUGAUCCGUAUCAGUGUGUUGCUGGUGGGACUGGCUGGUACAGGCCUGGCGUUUGCUGAGGACAGUGUGUUUGCCUUCUGGCUGAUCAGUGGAGACCUCAUCUACUGCGUGGUCUUCCCCCAGCUGAUCUGUGUUCUUCACUGCCGCUGUGCUAAUGGCUACGGUGCUACCUCUGGUUACCUUGUGGCAGUCACUCUGAGGCUGCUGAGUGGAGAGCCUCUCAUCCGGCUUCCAACGGCCCUCCUGUUCCCUGGUUGGAGGGAGGAGGGAGGAGUCAUCCACCAGUACUUCCCCUUCAGGACUCUGGUGAUGUUGUCAUCUCUUGUGUGUAUCCCCCUAGCCUCCAGCCUGGCCACCCUGGCCUUCAGCCACCGCCUGCUGCCCUGCUCUUGGGACCUGCUGGCCGCACUGGGGGAGGAGGAGAGGGGAAAGGAUGGUGACGAUGGGAAACCUGCUGUCACCGAAAAUCUCCUGGCCAUCUCCAGCACCAGCUGCUAGGAACAGAGGGAGGGAGGGGUACGCUGGGAGUCAAGCAGCAACUUCUCCCCCCUAAGGAUGGGCAGGGGUGUUUGUGUGUUUCUUCACUGUCUAAUCAUGCCAUGGGGUUGUUUAGUGACAGACAUGUAUCUAAAAUAAAUCUAUCGCUUGACAGUUUCAUUUUAGAGAGACAAAUAACCAUGUUGUUAUAGCAAAAUGCUAUAUAUCCUCCUCACUCUAAGAGAAAGAAGUAGGACUGCUAGGUUUUACACAGUUAAAAGUAAUAAAUAAUAACAUUUUUUUUAUAAAGAACAGUAUAAAUUAUACAAUUGAUACAUCAAUAUUACAUUUUUAAAGUCAUUAAAUACAGUAAUAUGAGAUCUGUUUGUAAAACAUUUACUUUUUUAACAUUUUUGUUUAUUAACAGAUGCUCUUAUGCAGAGCGACUUACAGUUAGUGCGUUCAUCUUAAGCUAGCUAGGCGAGACAACCACAUAUCACUGUCAAAUAUACAGGGUACGAACAUUCCAUUCUAGCUAAACAAUGGUUAUAUAGUGUUACCCAUGAUGAGCAAUCUUUUCUCAUGAAAAAGCACACAUGAAAAAUUGGUGGAUAUAGCAUUUUGGAAUUAAACUCUUCAAUAACACUGCUUAAGAAGGGAGAAGUAAUUGCUUGGAGGGGCUAAUGAGUACUGAAUAACUGCUCUGUUAUUGUGACGGUCUAAGUGAUCAUUGAGUAUUUGGUAUAGGGUCAAGGGUCAUAGUUAGCUUUAAUCUCUGGAAAGAUUUUCAGUUGUAUGUUUUCCUGCAUCUUCAUUGUGUAAUAUCUCUGCCAUGUAUGUACAGGCUACUCUGUCUUGCUUCAGAGUAGCCUAUAGUCAAAGUCCCACCAUAGAAACGUGGAGGCAAUUACUUUUAAUAAAGACUUCCUCAUUAUGCUUU